GGGUCCUGGGUUCUUUUUCUCGUUUACAUGCUCCCGAAUUCUUCAUCAGAUUGGAACACCAUUUGGGAGAUGAUUCAUUCACUUGAACGAUCUUCACUUCUCGCGAGGUUGGCCGACCUUUUCUGAUGCAAGAGUUUAUGGGGUGAGAGGGGGGAUCUUAAUACCGAUACACGAAGAACAUGGGCAGGAGGAUACGUGCUACCCGUCCCCUCUACUGCUCUCCUACAUGGUUUCUUUCUCGCUCGAUUCCCUACUGCGAUCAUUCUGGAUGUUGGACUGCUUUAUCUCACCGUUGGAACUGGCGUUUGUUUUGUCUAGUCUUUCCGCGAUGCAUCAGAUUGGUCAAAGUUCGCUGGUCGAAUCAUCACAGGGAGCAAAAGCAACACCAGGGAAAAAGGCGAAGCAUAAGCUUGGAAACCACAGCUUCCCACCUCAUCCCUCCCCGUCCCAAAACCGACAAAGCAACAACACGCCGCACCGCCACUCUUCGACAAAUUCCCAUCUCGAAAAAAAAAAGAAAAAAAAAUUCAGCCCACUGGUCUUUUUUGUUCCUAAUUCUGCUUUGGUUUCUCUCCUUUGGGUGUUUCGGCGAAAUCUCUGUUUUGACUGACACCUUCACCGGCGUUUGGGAAAAACAGGAAGGCAACUGGAUUCACACCCCUCAGACUGGAACACGAACGAGCAGUGCAGGGAGGAAGAGGAUGGAAAAACGAACCGACACCACAGGCUGGCGCGACCUUUCCCCCUUCGCUGCCGUACAUCGCAUCUCUUGCGCGCACACACACACAGUUUUCCUUUGUCAGGCGGAAAAAAGAUACGGGGGGUGUAUACACUCCCCCAAGGGAUGGUGAUGUCUGGACUUCGUAAGCAGAAUUUUGGGCCUGCAUGGUGGUUUCUUUUCUCGCUAGCGCACAACGAGCUGGUGAUCACUCAUUUGUAAUGACUGAUGAUGACGACGACUUCUUGAUGAACUCUACUUCAUCCGGCCGUGAGACUCGCCGUCCC